AAUUACAAAUCGUCGUCCGUAAACAAAGUGUGUUGCUAUGAGCAGAUAUUACUGUUGACGACCAAUCUAGUAAUAAAUAAUGUCGACAGAUUCCGAAGACUCAGUCGAAGAAGAAUAUUUAUCUUCUGGUAGUGAUGAAGAUGACGUAGUCAGCUCUGUAAAUAACCUAUCCGAUGAGUUGGAGUGCAUGGGAAUAUCACUGACAAAGUAUAGCAAUGCAGAUGAAAAACAUAAGAUGUUACAGUCCGUUUUACAAGCUGCCUGGAAUCUACUUCAACUUCAUCAUUCAAAAAUACAAGAGCUGCAUCGUCCUGAUGAAGUUAUCUAUCGCUUAAAGGAUGACUGUAAAAUAUUGAGAGCAAAAGUAAAUCAUCUAAAGGAAAUUAUACUGAAGAAAGAUAAUCUUCUGCACAUAUCUGCAGAGGCAGAACGAAAGCUACAUACAAAAAAUGAAGAGCUUUCACGUGAACUCAAAAAGGAACAGAAUGAAGUUCGCCGACUUCUGCGACAGUUGCAGGAGCAACAGCAGCAAGCAGCUCGUCACACAUGGCGCAGGGAGGCAGAUACGAAGUUACGUACUCCUUCACGUCCAUCUGCAAGACAGUCACUGGCAAAAACACCAGAGCCAAUGGAAGAUAGGCUCCAUGAUCUAGUAGAGCAAAAUCUUCAGCUUAAACGUUCUCUUGUUAUGAUUUCCUCUCGACUGUCAGAACUUUCAUAUGGAUUCUCUAGUCUGUUACCAAAAAAGAAACUUUCUUUGGGGAUGAAGGAUCUGCAGUUGGACCUUGAUGCCAAGAAGGAACCUAUUGAUUUUGUUUUAGAAGAUUGUAACACCUCUUGUUCCAAGCGUUUAAAUUUUCUAGAUAAUGUUCUACAGGAUCUGUUAGGUUCAUAACAUGUAAUAUUGAUUUUCGAUGUUCACUUAGUUAUAGAGAAAGACCUAAUACUUUUGUAAUGCUGUUUAUCUAAGGAACUAGCCUAAGCUUGUUUGGUUAUGUUAUUGAUGGAAACAUAUCUUUGCUAAUAUUUUUACAGAACCAUCUGGAAGAUUUUCUUAUCAUGUCUUUUAGA